AUGAAUAACAUAAAAAGAAAAUUUACUUUUUUACAUGUGAAAAAUUUUGCUUUUUUAAAAAAUAUUUUUUUUUUUGAAAAAAGGUAUUUUUGUAAUAAUAAUAAAAGAGAGAAAAUAAAAGGAUGGUGCGAGCAAACGCUUCCUCAUAUUUUGCUAGAAACGGAAAUUUUCUUUGAGCUCAAAGGUAUUUUUUACAGAGGAUUGAACAUACAUGAGUUGUGUGAAUAUGCUACGUUCGACGAAAUAAUUUUUCUUUUUCUAUAUAAAAGAUUGCCAACAUCAAAGGAAUUAUAUGAAAGGAAAUGUUAUUUUGAAAAUGCUUUUCACUCUUAUGAAGAGAAAAAAGUAUGUAAAAUAAUGGAAAAUUUACAAUGCUCUAACCCUCUUGAAUUAAUAAGAGUAUGUCUACUUAUAUUAUCUUUACAAAAUGAAUAUAACAAUGAUAUAAAUUUGGGCUAUUAUGAAAUUUUAGCAUACUCUUUAAAAUUAAUAUACUUGUUUAAUUCUAAAAAAUGGACUUCUUCAAAUAUUUCUAAUAUAAAAGUUGAGAGCUUGUGUUCUUUUAUUAUUGAAAAUUUCGCAAAUAAUGAGAAAGGGAUUUCAAAAAAUGGCACAGAAAAAGAUGCAUACGAUAAAGAAAAGGGGAAGAUGAAAAGUGGACAGAGAGAGAUUAAGCACGUGAAAAAAACUUCAUUAGAGUUAUACGACUCAAUGAAAAAGGAAAAAACAAAAGUUCUUACCAUUUUGUUAAUGCUGAUAUGUGAAAAUGGCAUUAAUGAAAAAACUUUUUUAUUAAGAAUGCUAUAUAAUGUGAGCAAAGAUAACCACUUUAAUAUAUUUCUAUACGCUGUUACAUUUUACAUAGACACUUUUAAAAAAAUAGAUUUACACACAGCAUUUCGUUCCUUGUUGAGUGUAAAGUUACCCUCUAAGGAUAAAGCAGAGUACGAAAAGGAUAAGAUUUUAUCGCAGAUUAGUAACAUGAAUUUAUUUUUUUAUAAUAAUAAAUUUUUUUUUAAAAAAAAUGCAAUUUUAAAAAAAUAUUUAGAAAAUUAUUGUAGGAUGACUUCUCAGGCUAAUGUAGAUAUAUUAACUCAUUUUAUAGAUAUUGAAAACUUUUUUUUAAAAAAUAAAAAAAAAUAUGCAUCUAGCUAUUAUUAUACUCUUCUAACAUUCCACCUACUAGACAUCUCACUAGAAUACUUACCACCGCUCUAUUUUCUUGCAAGACUAUUAAGCUUCACAGCACAUAUAAACGAACAAACGGAAAAUAAUAAAAUAGUGAAAUACUCUGGCGUGUAUAUAGGAAACACUCCUAUAAAAUACGUGGAUGCAAGUAAUGCAAAGGAACUAGGAGAUCCUACUGCAUCAUAG